AUGAUUCUUGCCGCAUCGCCCCUUAAUAAACCCAAAGAGAUUGAGCAAGUCGACACAACCGUUGAGACUACCAACAAGACUGAGUACACAUUCAUAGCAUCCAUCAUUCGCCUUCGAAGACUGGUCGUGGUUGUGGCUGUGGUCGUAGUGGCCGUCAUUGACAUCUUUGUUCUCGAAUGGGUCUUUGACACAAACCCCCAUGGUCUCAAUCCUGGUCCUGCAGCACUAGGUAGAAAAAGACGUCGUUCAGGAUAUAGCCGAUUACAGGCAUCGAUAAAGUUCCAGGUCACAUCACAGUCUGUGUAAUUGUUCCUGGCUCGACAACCCGCACAAGUACGCAAUGGCUCGAGAUUGUUCUGGACACAGAGACAGUUGUCGACGACAGGAUCUCGACCAAUUGUAGGGAUAUCGAUUGGGAUGUCAAAGUGAUUGAUAUUCUGACAGAACAAGGACUUGGCAAAGAAGGGAGCGCAAGCAAUCGUGCAGGCC